AUUUACUUGGUAUUUAUGAACAACAAGCUUCAGAGACUGACACCCACAGGCGGUUCUUGUGAGCCGGGGAAAGGUCACACGCAAGAUGGCGCCGCUCGCAGUGCUGAGGUGUUCAGCUGCCGCCCGGCUUUUUACAGGUUCACUACACACUCGCAGCUCCCUCUUUGCAUCAUGGCAGCGCCCAGGAAGCCAGCGAUACUUUAGUAACAAUAAGAUUCUUGUAGAGUUGGAUGAAGCAACAGGGGUGGCCGUAAUGAAGAUGAAAAAUCCUCCAGUAAACAGCCUCAGCUUAGAGGUCCUUACGGAAUUUUCCAUCAAUUUGGAGAAGCUGGAGAUGGAUCGUGGCUGCCGUGGUCUUAUCCUGACAUCUGCUGUUCCCAAAAUCUUCUCUGCAGGACUUGACAUCACUGAGAUGUGUGGGAAAAGUGCAGAGCAUUAUGCAGCUUUUUGGAAGGCUGUCCAAGAGAUGUGGCUGAAAUUAUAUGGAUCCAACAUGGUCACAAUAGCGGCUAUCAAUGGCUCAAGUCCUGCCGGUGGCUGCCUCAUGGCAAUGUGUUGUGACUACAGAAUCAUGGCAGACAAUCCAAAAUUUGCCAUCGGCCUUAAUGAGACCCAGUUGGGCAUAGUAGCUCCUUUCUGGUUUAAGGACACAAUGACAAAUAUAGUAGGUCAUCGUGUGACUGAACAAUCCCUCCAGCUGGGACAGAUGUAUCCAGCUCCUGAAGCAAUCAGAAUUGGUCUUGUGGAUCAGUUAGCACCAGAAGAUAAAGUUCAGAGUACUGCCUCUAGUGUCAUGGCCCAGUGGUUGGCUAUACCAGACCAUGCCCGACAAAUUACCAAGUCCAUGAUGCGCAAGCAGGUGAUUGACAGACUGGUGAGCAAUCGAGAAUCAGAUAUCAACAACUUUGUGAGUUUUAUCUCCAAGGACUCUAUCCAGAAAUCCCUGCAAAUCUACAUGGACAGACUGAAGCAGAGGAAGCAAUAAUGUAUGUACAAUUGGGCCAAUGCUAUGUAGUAAGAGUCGUAGACCACCACACACUGUGAACAGCCAGUGAAGAAGAAGAAGCAAAGGCACUUGAAUCAUGGUGUAUUCUAGAAGCAAAAAAAGCUCCAGAUUUUUGUCUUUUUCCAAUUUGCACCCUUGCCACUGUAUUUAGAAAAUUGCCCUUUAAAUAUUUUUUUUGCGUUUUAAUAUACAAGAAGCUGCUAACUCGGUUUACGUUAUAAUUUUGGGGUACACUGGUGUCUUUAAACAUGCGUGGGCGUCCUUUAUAUCAAUGAGAAAAAUAUUUUGUGAAAAAUUAAAAUCUUAAUAAUGAA